AUGUCCGCUAAACGCACGGACCAGCCGUGGCUCCGGCCUCAAUCAUCUCCGCGAGCGCAGCGACCUCCAACCCUCGUUCCCGAUCCUCGUCGCCUUCCAUCUGCAGCUGGCUUUGAUACGCGGUCCGUCAAUCCGCACCCGGCUUCUAGUGAUCCUACUCCGUCGCGUUCUGCGCCUCCUGCCAGUUCGAGUCCGAACCAAGCUCUUCUCGGUCACGCAUACGCACCGCGGGCCCGGCCGCCUACUUCGAGUCUCAAUCUUGACGACCCAGGUCUUAUCCACACGCUCGCCCAACCCGCACAAGUACAGGGCUUUCAAUACCCAUACUCCCGACCAAAUCGUUACCCAACUGCACCUCCUGGAGGUUUCAGUCCUGAAGACCGAGCUCUUCUCCGCGCGGGCUUUACAUCCGCAUACGUCCCGCCAAAGAUCGACCCAACGGUCGAGUCACCGUCGGAGGGUACAAAUCCCACGAGAACAAAUUCCACGAGAAGACGAAAGUCUGUCAGAUUCGAGAUGGCCGAGCCCCGAGCCCGUGCUGCACGGCACAAAGGCCAGAUGAACUUCGGUCCUGAGAUGCGCCACCUCCUGCUAGCCUACGGCGAUCCAGCUCCCCAUCACUCCUUCUCCGCCGAACCACUCCCCGAAACAAUCCGCGUCCUCGACGAAAUUGUCACAGACUUCAUCCUAGAACUAUGUCACGGUGCUGCGCAGGUCGCACACCACGCCCGCAGACAGAAGAUCAAAGUCGACGAUUUCCGCUUCGCGCUGCGCCGUGAUCCGAACAAGCUUGGUCGUGUGCAGGAGUUGUUGCGCAUGGAGCGUGAGCUGAAGGAGGCGCGCAAGGCCUUUGAUCAGAAUGAUGAUCAGGUUGCCAAGGAUGCGGGGAAGAAGGGGGCUCCUCCUCCUCCUCCUCCUGAGGAUGAUGAUGCGGCUUCGGUUGUUGGUGCGAAUACUGGGAAGAAGGGUAAAGGGAAGGGGAAGAGGGCCGCUGCUAAUAGAAGGGGCUCGGAUGCUACUGAAGAGUCGGUGCCUAAGAAAAGGAAGACUAUCGGGUGA